AUGGAGAAGAAAGAAGCAGAAGUAACGAUGCUGAAGUUUGAGUUAUUCAUUUUGCUACACAUGGAAAAGAUUAAAAGCAAUCAUUUCUGCAAGGUUUUCGAUCGCGGUAUGGCUGCUGAAUACAAUUGGAUAGUUAUAACACUUGCUGGAAGAAAUUUUCGGUUUCUGCGCAAAGCUUGCAAAAACGGAAAAGUAUCGUUGGCAAGUGGUCUUAGUGUUGGAAUGCAAUGCUUGAAAGCUUUGGAAGAAUUGCAUAAAGUUGGUUUUAUUCAUCGAUCCGUGAAUCCGUCCAUAUUCGCAAUCGGACGAGUGAUCAACGACGAUCCGAAAGACUUACGAAAUGUUUAUAUUCUUGACUUCGGUUUUGCCCGUCAGUACAAGGAAGCCGAUGGAACACACAAACCUCCGCGUCCGAAUCCAUCAAAAUACAUGGGAAAGCCCAGAUACGCCCCACGAAAUGCCUAUCUGAAGCGAGAAUUGGGUCGAAUGGACGAUCUCGAAAUGUGGAUGUAUGUGACGGUCGAAUUGGUGAAAGGAGCUCUGCCAUGGGUUCAUCAAAGGAAUCCUAAGCACAUUUUCGACUAUCAGAAAUCGGUUAGAUCAGGACUGGGAUUGCGCGAGUUUCUUGGAGGACUUCCGGUCGAGUUUGUGGAUAUAAUGAAAGAGGUGGACAAGCUGUCGUAUUCCGAUGAUCCAAGCUAUGAAAAGAUCUACAGCUUAAUGGAAAACGCUAUCAAGAUGAGUGGUCAAGAGGAAUAUCCCUACGAUUGGGAGGAAGGUGAAAUUGAAGCGGAAAAAGCAGGCGAAGGUCCCGGAGCACCGUUAAGAAAAGAACCUGAAUCCGCACCAGCAACGACUAAUCAAACAAAGUAG